CAGCUGCACCCUGGUGUGCCAGUGAAUCUCUUGUUUGUCUGAUCUCUGCUACACAAUGGUGGAUUAUAGCGUGUGGGACCACAUUGAAGUUUCUGAUGACGAAGAUGACACUCAUCCCAACAUUGACACUGCCAGUCUUUUCCGAUGGCGUCACCAGGCCCGCGUGGAAAGGAUGGAGCAGUUCGACAAGGAGAAAGAGGAGUUAAGUAAAGGGACCAGCGAUUGUAAGAAGAAGCUGGCAGAGUGUCAGAAGAAGCUGAAUGACCUAGGCCUUAAGGAUGGAGGACAAAGUGACGUACAGAAGCUACAGUCAGACCUGUGUCAGCUGAAGAAGGAGCAGAAGGACUGGGAGAAGAAAGAGAAUGAACUGAGGAAGAAAGAGAAGAACAUGCCGUGGAAUGUAGACACUCUGAGCAAGGAGGGCUUUAGCAAGAGUGUAUUUAACGUAAAAUCUGAAAACAAAGAAGUAACAGAGGAGGAGAAAGAACAAAAGCACAAAACCUUUGUCGAGAAGAACGUCAAGCAGCUGAAACACUUUGGUAUGCUGCACCGCUGGGAUGACAGUCAAAAAUAUUUAUCCGAUAACCCUCAUCUGGUGUGUGAAGAGACUGCCAACUACUUGGUCAUCUGGUGCAUUGAUUUAGAAGUGGAAGAGAAACACGCUCUUAUGGAACAAGUCGCCCAUCAGACCAUUGUUAUGCAGUUUAUCCUGGAGCUGGCCAAGAGCUUGAAGGUGGAUCCCAGGGCCUGCUUCCGACAGUUCUUCACCAAGAUUAAGACUGCAGACCAGCAGUACAUGGACGCGUUCAAUGAUGAACUGGAAUCCUUCAAGGGCCGAGUGAGGGAGCGAGCCAAGGUUCGAAUAGACAAGGCAAUGAAGGAGUACGAGGAGGAGGAAAGGAAAAAGAGAAUCGGUCCAGGCGGUUUGGAUCCCGUGGAGGUGUAUGAAUCUCUCCCAUCUGAGCUUCAGAAAUGUUUUGAUUCUAAAGAUAUUCAGAUGUUACAGGACACCAUCAGCAAAAUGGACCCAACUGAAGCAAGAUUUUUUAUGAAGCAGUGCAUUGACUCAGGACUUUGGGUUCCGAAUGCAAAGGGAGGAGAUGGUACGGAGCCUGAGGCUCCUGACUCAGAACCUGUAUAUGAAGAGGCCAAGAGUGAAGCUGCUGACUAGAUGGAGACUUCAUGAGAGACCAGAAGUGGCCAAUGGCAUUAUCAGAAGAGCUCCAGAUAGAAAUAGGUGGAAUUAGCUGGAUCCCCAACAGAGCUACUGGCCCAUAAGAGGUCCUGCUAAUACUAUUUAUCUUUUUUUUUUCUUUUUAUGUGAACAUCAUAAGGAUUAUAUACAUAGAAGCAGCCCCCGUGAAUUGUGCAUGAAUAGAUCAUUCCAGGGAUGGCUGAUUCAGGAAAGAACACAACUUCUAUUCAAUAACACAUUGUGGCUUGUUAAAUGUCAGUGGGAUUGGGGCAUAAUAUUGCCUUUUACUGAAGCAUUAUGAUUGGCUUACCACAAGCUGUUAAUUGUCUGUUACUCUGUGUUCUUUUACCAUACAAAGGGAAACUAGUACUACCUUGAAAUUAUGGGUUGCUAAUUGUAAACCUUCCUCAAAACAAUGGCUUUUUAUAUUUUCUCCCUUUCUUUUCAUCAUGUUAAUUCAAAUUUGUAACACAAUUUCAGUUUUCCACUGAUUCCUGCUGCUAUGAACUUACUGAGAAACCUCCAGAUCAGCCAAACGGUGAGAGAGCGUAUUCACCUUUGCUGGAAACUGCAGUGAUCUAUUCAAUAUCUGUUUCUAUUUAGUCCCUUUAGUCUGUUCUGCUUCUGCACUGGGGUUAAGAUGUGAUAGCACUGAAAUAAAUAUACAUUGACUUUUCCAC